AGCGAGCGGGGAGAGUUUUCCACGCACAAGUUCGCCCUCGCCCGCCGCUUGGCUCGGAGCCGCGCCGCCAGCCCCCCCGUCUUCCCGCCCCGGCGCCAGAGCCCGCCAAGCAGGAUGCCGCGCUCCUUCCUCGUCAAGAAGCAUUUCUCCGCCAGCAAGAAGCCCAACUACAGCGAGCUGGAGAGCCAGACCGUGAUCAUCUCCCCAUUUUUAUAUGAGAAGUACUCCCUGUCUGUCCCCCAGCCAGAACUUCUGAGUGCCGCCCCCUAUUACCCUCCGCUUGUAUGGGACACGGGCCUGCUCUCCAAUUUCUUCGCUUCUUCGGAGCAGGAGUACCAGAAGACCCCCGCGUCUCCCCCCAGCCCUGACUCCAAGCCUCUGGACCUGACCUCCCUGUCCAGCGAAGAAGAGGAUGGCAAGACCACCUCCGACCCGCCCAGCCCGGUCUCCUCUGCCACCGAGGCCGAGAAAUUCCACUGCAGCCAGUGCAGCAAAUCCUACUCGACCUUUGCCGGCCUUUCUAAGCACAGACAGUUGCACUGUGACUCCCAGGCCAGGAAAUCUUUCAGCUGCAAGUACUGUGAGAAGGAAUACGUCAGCCUGGGAGCGCUCAAGAUGCACAUCCGAAGCCAUACCCUGCCUUGCGUCUGCAAGAUCUGUGGCAAGGCUUUCUCCAGGCCGUGGUUGCUGCAGGGCCACAUCAGAACGCACACUGGUGAGAAACCUUUCUCCUGCACACACUGCAACAGAGCUUUUGCCGACCGGUCAAACCUCCGCGCUCACCUGCAGACCCAUUCUGACGUGAAGAAGUACCAGUGCAAAACCUGCUCCCGGACUUUCUCCCGCAUGUCGCUUCUCCACAAACACGAAGAGACGGGCUGCACUGGAACCCGCUAAGAACUUGCCAAAGGCCAUGGACUCCUCCAUGCUCAUCCAUGUAUUGUAACUAGUUUCUGUAGAACUGUAGUUUUCUGUUCAGCUGCCGGGGCAGUGUUCUCAGACUGUUGUUCCCAGCUGCUGCAAGCCUUAAAGAAACACCUCUUAGAUCUUUGUCCUCCAGGUAGUUUUGUUUUUGAAGCCCUUUUCCCCUGGUGGUGGCAGAAUGCUUCUUGCCUAGGGUAAAGGUGGCAUCACACUGCAGGUGUUGCCAAAAGGAGAGCACGCCAAUGUUUUGUAUGAAUUGAACUCUCUGGACCUGCAAUAAACAAGCAAACCUCUGCUGGGUCAGCAUUGAGGAUCCAUCGAGUCUACUCUGGCAUUUCUUCUUCAAAAGGGGGCCGGGCAGGUGCCUCUGGGUGCUCACGAGCAAAACAUGCCAGUGAUGCACAUCUCUGUUUCUCCCCAGCAUCUGGUAUUCUGGGGUAUGUUGUCUCUGAACAUGGAGGCACCAUUUGACUCUCAGCCUCUGAGCAUCCUAUCCUCCGUGCGUUACCAAACCUGCCUUUUAAAAAGCCAUUGAGGUGAACAUCUGUCUUCUGUCCUGUUCUUGAUUUACAAGUGUAGGAAUGACUUUAGGUGCUCAGCACCUGGCAGGAUUGAGCCUUGCACCUGGCUGUCCUGAAA